ACACGUAAACCCCCGCACUGUGCAACUCGCACACCACAUCAUCGUGUCAAAUAAUCAGCUACAGCAACUACUCCGCAGUUUCUUCUUCUUCUCCUUCUCCUCCUUCAUCUUUUAGCUGAACAAUAAUCUUCGAUUUUUCCAUUCUCACGCGCCCACCCUCGCCGUAAUUCUCAAUCGUUAGGUGAAAUAAUGCAAUCAGUGGCAAUAGUGAUAUUUUGGUGCUGGAGAUAAGGGGCGAUGGGCGGUUGUUGCUGUUGUUGUUCUCCCAAAGUGACCGAAUUGAGCGCUCCAACUGCAUACUACUAUUACCCAAGAGCAUCAGAGGAGCAUGUUCCACUUUCAUCUCACCCGGGUGCUGCGUCUGCUUUCUCUGGGCGACUCUUAGUUGAUACUAAUCUAGAUACUUCAAGCCCCGAUACUUACAGACCACCUCCUGCUCCUAUUCCCUUCAAUGUCACCUUAGGUACCACUCACACACCACCUGUGGCUCAAGAAAUUGUUGGAGACAAGAGUAAUGCUUCCUUACAAUCUACGAAUUCUAAUUCAAUUCAAGAACCAGUUGCUGGAGAUAAUCAUGGGACCUCAACUAAAUUGGAAGAGCUGAAAGAAUCAGAAGGCAGAGCUCAGACUGAUUUUGAACUUGAGUCAACUAAGGAUUCUGAGAUUGAACUUCCAAAGUUGAGAAAACCUAUAAAUUUAGCUGAAGAGGAGGAUUCGUGCCCAAUUUGUUUAGAAGAGUAUGAUACAGAAAAUCCAAAACUCACCACCAAAUGUGACCAUCAUUUUCACCUUGCAUGCAUCCUGGAGUGGAUGGAAAGAAGUGAAACUUGCCCUGUGUGUGAUCAGGAAAUGGUUUUCAACCCUCCCAUCGAAUAAUAGAUGUCAACUUAGGGGGUUCAAACAUAGUAUGUGAUACAGUUUGAGGAGGUUUCAACGUCAUUGGUUGCUAUCUUGCCAACCGAAUUAUAUGGGUGUAUUUUGAUUGUUUUGUUCUUCUGAAUUACCUGAGGUUU